AUGGUGUCGGCUUUUAUUUCUGUCAAAGCUCUUCCAGUGCUGGCGGCGGGUGCUUUUGCUGCUGCUAGCUACCCGCCUAUCCCUGUCGAUUUGACAACUCCAGUUCAGCAACGCAUUGCAGUGAACGGCCCCAACAGCGUUUCAAUUGGAUGGAACACUUACCAGCAACUCAGCCAGCCUUGUGUUGCUUAUGGCAGCUCUGCUACCUCUCUGACACAACAGGCGUGCUCUAAGAACUCUGUUACAUAUCCUACCUCGCGCACAUGGUCAAACUCAGUGACUCUCAAUAACUUGUCGCCGGCCACUACUUACUACUACAAGAUUGUCUCAACCAACUCAAGCGUGGACCAUUUCUUGAGUCCUCGCAUUGCCGGAGACAAAACCCCAUUUGCCAUCAACGCCAUCAUCGAUUUGGGAGUUGUAGGCCCCGACGGCUACACCAUCCAGAAUGACCAGACUAAGCGUGACACAAUUCCAACCAUUGACCCGUCAUUGAACCAUACCACUAUCGCGCGUCUCGCUACUACCAUUAAUGAUUAUGAAUUUGUCAUACACCCAGGCGACUUGGCAUAUGCGGACGACUGGAUUGAGACGCCAAAGAACAUCCUUGACGGGACAAACGCGUACCAAGCCAUCCUAGAGCAGUUCUAUCACCAACUGGCUCCUAUUGCUGGCCGCAAACCGUAUAUGGCCAGUCCUGGCAAUCAUGAAGCGGCAUGCCAGGAGAUCCCCCACACAACAGGACUGUGCCCUGCUGGACAGAAGAACUUCACUGACUUCAUCAAUCGAUUCGGUCAGACCAUGCCGACGGCGUUUAUCUCUACUUCGGCAAACAACAGUGCAAAGGUCAACGCGAACAAGGCGCAGCAGCUCGCUAAUCCUCCAUUCUGGUUCUCUUUUGAAUAUGGAAUGGCCCAUAUUGUCAUGAUUGACACUGAGACUGACUUUGCCAAUGCUCCUGACGGACCCGAUGGCUCUGAGGGCCUCAAUGGCGGACCUUUUGGAGCUCUCAACCAGCAGCUCCAAUUUCUCGAGGCGGACUUGUCAUCUGUUGAUCGUUCUGUCACGCCGUGGCUAAUCGUUGGAGGACAUCGCCCCUGGUAUUCUACAGGAGGCUCGGGCUGUGCACCAUGCCAGGUCGCUUUCGAAGGCCUCUUCUACAAGUACGGCGUCGAUUUAGGAGUCUUUGGACAUGUCCAUAAUUCUCAGCGAUUUAACCCAGUCUUCAACGGAACUGCCGACCCCGCAGGCAUGACUGAUCCGAAAGCGCCAAUGUAUAUUGUCGCCGGCGGGGCAGGCAACAUUGAGGGCCUCAGCAGCGUUGGAUCAGAGCCAUCUUAUACAGCAUUUGCUUACGCAGAUGACUUUAGCUAUGCGACAAUCCGAUUUUUGGAUGAGAAGAAUUUGCAAGUUGACUUUUACCAAUCGUCAACGGGAACUCUUUUGGAUAGCUCGAAGCUCUUCAAGUCCCACAACCAGCAAUUUGUCGUGCAAUGA